AUGUCUUCCCGAAAGAGAAAGCAGGACGAGGAGGAGGAGGAGCUUGUCUCUCUCCCCGAGGAAGAUGAUGGCGAGGAGGAAGAGGAGUAUGUCUCCACUGGAGACGAGGAAGAGGACGACGAUGCUGAAGAGGAAGAAGAGGAAGAUGACGAUGAAGAAGUAGAAGGUGAUGAAGAAGAAGACGCAGAAGCUGAAGCUGAUGCCAACGAUGCCGCCGAAGGCGAUGAGGCUGCACACGCCAAAGAGAAUGGCGCUAAUGACGAACAACCACCGGUGAAGAAGCGCAAGACAGCAGAAGCAUCUGGCGAGGAAGUCACCAAUGGCGAGACUGCCAACGGUGAUGACUCGGAAAAGAAGAAUGCUGAGGCUGAAGCUGAAGCUCCAGAAGCCAAGGACGAUGCGCCCACCAAAGAACCUGUCAAGGCAACAGAGCCACCCUCCACCGCUGUAGAGGCAGAACCCGAGGCUGUUGCGGCCGGAGGCGAUGAAUAG